CUCUCUCAAAGAAAUACCCCCUCAGAUCGUAUCCGAUCCAUACUUGUCGGAUAGCAUCUGAUCGAAAGGGGCUUCUAGGGUAAAAUACGGGAUGACGCAGCAAACGGCUUCUUCAGAGGUUAACGAAAACAAUGAAAGAUCGACGGCGGGAAACCAAUCAGAAAAAGAUCUAAACAGUUGGUUACCCAUCACUGCUUCGAGAGAGGCAAAAUGGUGGUACUCCACCUUCCACAACGUCACUGCAAUGGUCGGAGCUGGUGUUCUUGGUUUGCCCUUCGCCAUGUCACAACUUGGCUGGACUUAUGGAAUCUUAACCAUUAUCUUGUCAUGGGUGGUAACACUAUACUCAUUGUGGCAACUUGUGGAUCUUCACGAGGCGGUCCCCGGGAAGCGGUUUGAUCGGUACCCGGAGCUGGGAGAGCACGCUUUCGGGCCGCGCCUCGGCUACUGGACGGUGAUGCCAUCACAGAUGCUUGUCCAAGUAGGAUCCGACAUUGUGUACAAUGUCACCGGAGGCAAAUCUAUCAAGAAGGCGGCAGAAAUUUUAUUCCCAAAAUUUCAAAUCAGACAAACUUACUACAUCGUCUUCUUCACAAUGGUCCAGUUCGUCCUGUCCCAAGCUCCAAACUUCAACUCUAUAAAGGGCUUGUCUCUGCUCGCUGCUAUCAUGUCUUUCAGUUACUCAAUGAUAGCAUUUGUGACAUCACUGUUGAAGGGAUCGCACCACCACCCCUCCAGCUACGGCACGAGGCCGGACACGGCGGCCGGAAAAGUGUUCAACGCGUUCAAUGCCAUGGGGACAAUCGCAUUCGCAUUUGCCGGGCACAGUGUGGCCCUGGAAAUCCAGGCCACCAUUCCUUCAUCGCCGGAGGCUCCCUCGAAAAAGCCGAUGUGGAAGGGCGUCAUUUGGGCUUAUGUCAUCGUCUUCAUCUGCUACGUCUCCGUGGCGGCGUCGGGUUUCUGGGCGUUCGGAGAUCUGGUGGAAGAUGACAUUCUUAUCUCUCUUGAAAGGCCUUCAUGGCUCAUCGCAGUAGCUAAUGUCAUGGUCUUUAUCCAUGUGCUCGGAAGCUAUCAGGUUUUCGCUAUGCCGGUAUUCGACGCACUUGAAGCAUAUGUGGUGAUAAAUCUUGGAUUCACUCCUUCGGCCUACAUUCGCCUAUUCGCACGGAGUGCUUACGUUGCGUUUGUGGGGCUCGUGGCUGUUUGCGUUCCGUUCUUCGGCGGGCUGCUCGGUUUUUUUGGAGGCCUCGUAUUCUCGGCAACGUCCUACUUCAUGCCUUGCAUCAUAUGGCUCAUCAUAAAGCGACCAAAAAAGUGGAGUUUUCAUUGGCUUGCAUCUUGGGUCUCGAUAAUUGUUGGAGUCUUGAUUGCUGUGCUUUCACCAAUAGGGGGAGCAAGAGAGAUUGUGCUUCAAGCAAAAACCUACAAAUUAUUCUCAUAAAUAUAUACUCCGUCUAUAAGGCUAUCUUUUUUUUAGGAACGGAAAUUGUUUCUGGAUUUGUGUUCAUGUUUUUAAAAUUUCUACUGACUAAAUUAGGUAGUCAUGAGCACUAUGUUAAGGAAUGGCUAGUACUCUCCGAGUAUUAUGAUCAUGGAGAGGUUAUUGUUGAACAUUGUUAUAUAUGGUGGUGAUAGAUGACGGAUUAAUGGAUAAUAGAUGCUUAGAAAUUUUACCAUCCACUAUUCGAGAGAGGUACGAAUUUGUGAAUUUAAAGUUAAUUAACUCAUGGUAAUAUUUAUUGGAAAAUAUUCAAUUUAAGUGUC